CGGCCUUCGCCAAGCUCCURAUCCGCUGCCUGGAGGCGGCGCGGCCGGACCGCACGCGCAGCUGGCUCUACGCCGCCUGCUCGCUCUCCUACCUGGGCGCCAUGGUCUCCAGCAACUCGGCCCUGCAGUUCGUCAACUACCCGACACAGGUCCUCGGCAAAUCUUGUAAGCCCAUCCCAGUCAUGCUGUUAGGAGUGACGUUGCUGCGGAAGAAGUACCCGCUGGCCAAGUAUCUCUGCGUCCUCCUCAUCGUCACUGGCGUGGCCCUGUUCAUGUACAAGCCCAAGAAGGGGGCUGGAAGCGACGAGCACGUUUUUGGCUACGGGGAGCUGCUCCUGCUGCUGUCUCUGACUCUGGAUGGCCUGACGGGUGUAUCUCAGGACCACAUGAGAGCUCACUACCAAACGGGCUCCAACCACAUGAUGUUGAACGUUAAUCUCUGGUCCACCUUGUUCCUGGGGGCUGGGAUCCUGUUCACCGGGGAGCUCUGGGAGUUCCUGAGCUUUGCGGAACGCUACCCCAGCAUCAUUUACAAUAUCCUGCUGUUUGGCCUCACGAGCGCGCUGGGCCAGAGUUUCAUUUUCAUGACCGUGGUGUACUUUGGACCUUUGACCUGUUCCAUCAUCACCACAACACGGAAGUUCUUCACGAUUUUAGCAUCGGUUAUUCUGUUUGCAAAUCCCAUCAGCAAUAUGCAGUGGGUGGGGACGGUCCUGGUGUUCUUGGGCCUUGGACUCGAUGCCAAAUUUGGAAAGGGAAUGAAGAAGACAUCACAUUGAGAUUUGAGCUCUGCAGAAUGAACUUUUAAUUUAUUGUCUCGUACCUCAAAAUCUGUUAUGAAACUGGACUCAGGAUGGGUAAUUAGAAGAGGAGUGUUUGAAUUGUUUUUUUUUCUAGGUUUUUU